CUCUUUUUUUCUUCGAGUCUUGUUGUCGCUCUUUUCUCUCUGUGUUAUUUUUUUUCUCCCUCCAGGCUGCUUCCUGCGAGACUCUGCAGUCAGCCGCACAUGUUCAUAAUGAGAGAGAGAGCCGCGCGCACAGGGGCCGCCAGAUUUUUCUGACGUCUGCAGUCUGUUUCUCUAACUCACUUCUAUCUCUGCGUCUCCCCUGCACACAGUGUUUCUCAGCUGUGCUGGUUACUGCAAUGAAUGGCAACACUAUUGAGGAGACCCUGAGCAGCAUUGCACCCCCUUGUGGCUGGAGGGAGUUUUGCGAGCUUCACGCGAGUGCCACAGCACGAGAGCUAGCGCAGCAUUACCGUUGUUUCGCUAGAACUCGACCGCUGCACGAUGUUGUUUCUCCGGAGAAAUUCAGCAGGCACUUCAGCUUCAUCUUCCAGCACCAUUUCUGGCGAGAGGUGGCCAAAGAAGAAACCCCGCCCCCUUCCAUGACUGGCCGCACAUGCACCUUUUCUGAAGUGCUCGAUUAUCGGGAAGCAGGUCGACCAGUGGGUGGAGCCUCAUUUGUCAUUUUGCCACCAAAGCUGGAACGGGAGCAGCUGCUGCAAAACUUCACUACACACAGACCUCUUGACCACACCCAAGGGGUGGAGUUUGCUGAGAAUUACGCCACUUCUCCAGUUUUGCCCCUCCCCUCACGUGUCAGUGUCAUUUCUCAGUUUGGAAGAAGCGUGUGCAAGUUCUUCAAGAAACAACCAUCACGUGACAACUCUGUCCAUGACAGCUCCGGGGACGAGUCCGAAAGAAGAGGCGGGGAUUCGGGAGCAGAGCAACGCUCUCCAGUUACAGCACGGCCUGGUCAUUUCAAGCUGCUGAGACAUAUAAAGAAGCACACAAAAUGGUUCCAGGACAAAGGAAAUGUGUUCAAGGAAGGACAGUUAAACUACCUGGAGGAAAAUGACACGAUUUCGGAUACAGACCCACCCUGGAAGCGCUGUCGCCUGCUGGUCCGGAGGACAAACGACAGGUUCGUCCUCGAGCUCUACAACCCCCCCAAGAGAUCCAGUCCGAGGCUUAAAGCACGCUGCUCUGACAUACUAGAGAUCCGACGCUGUACUCGACUAGAGAUGCCUGAGAACAUCAACACAUUCGUAUUAAAGGUUAAUAACAGUCUCAGGAGUUUUAUAUUUGAGGCUGAUGAUGAGCAGCAGCUAAAUUCCUGGACUUCAGAGCUCAGAGGCUGUAUCAGCACCAGGGCGGACAUUGUGGAUGCAGAGCUGCUCUGUUUUCCUGUUACUGAUCCUGUAGCAGCAGUAAGGAGGGGGAGCACAGAGUCCGGCAGCCCGGGUUCUCCUACUUUCACACUGCCGGAGCAGGUGCACCACAAGACGGAUCACUUCCUGUCCUCUUUUCCAUGGUUCCACGGGCCCAUCUCUCGUGUGCGUGCUGCCUACCUGGUGCAGUACGCAGGGGUCAGAGGUCACGGCAACUUCCUAGUCAGACAGAGUGAGACACGAAGGGGUGACUACGUUCUGACAUUCAACUACCAGGGACGAGCCAAGCACCUGCGUCUGUCUCUGACUGAGUGGGGUCAGUGUCGGGUACAGCAUCUGCGUUUCUCCUCCGUUGUUGACAUGCUGUCUCACUUCCGUGUCUGUCCAAUCCCACUGGAGUGUGGAGCAGCACGUGAUGUCCUAUUGGCCAAUUACGUGCUAGCCACACCCACCAGCUCAGCUUUAUGUUCCUCUGUGGCUUCUCCAGUGUUGGUUCCGUUCUCUCGCUGUAGCUCAGAGCCUAGCUUGGCUCACUGGGGCCUUGAAGCAUCUGCCCCCAUCGCCCCGCCCCUCGGAGCUUCAUCUGGCCCCGCCCUCCCUCCACACGGCUCUCUGGGACCCACCUCUGACCCCACCAACAUCCGCCGCAGUGAGUCGGUGGGCCGCAGGACUCUCCUCCGCCACCCGAACCCCCUCCCUCCGCUCCUGCACACCCGGGACUCAGAAUACGAGCUGGAGCCGCUGGACAGGGGGCGCAAGAGAGCCAUUGACAACCAAUACAUGUUCUUCUGAACAAAAGUGUUGGACAGCUUUCUGGAUGGAGACGUUUACCAGGUGGCACCAGAGCACUCUGAACCUUGUGGCGCAAGCAGGUCAGGAUGAAGGAGAGGAACUUGGGCAAUAUCCCAUUCCUCUGAAAGCACUUCCCCUAGUGCUUUUACUCUUGGAUUUGUGUUAAAGCCAUUGACUAAUGAGGGGAAGAUCAGCAGAUCUGCAGGAUAGACUCCCUGCAGACCAGUCGUACAAGCUCAUGGCACAGAUCACACGAGUGUGUGUGUGUGUGUGGACAGAGAGGACACAUACCUCACACUCCGCAGAGAUGCCUGACAAUCACUUCUGCUUCAAAUGUACUUUAAAGAUUUAUUUUACUAUUAAGAGUUAAUGUGUGCGCGUUCGUGCGUGUGCACGCACACGUGUGUUUGUGUGUGUUGAGAAGUUUCCAGAACAUUCUCAGCAAUAGAUGCUGGUUCAUUCAGCACAGCACAAAAAAGUGGUGUUUGAUGAGCCCAACCCUACUGGGACAGUGUUAGUUUAUUUAAGCCAAUUUAUAUUCUUUAUGUCUGUGUUUUAUAGUUUUAUAUAAUUCCCCCUUUUUCAGAAUCGGCGUGAGCACUUCCUGUUGAGACAGUCAGCUUUCACUCAGGAUGAGCUGUCAGCACACAAGCACCAGACAGUCUGAUAAACGAGCUAGCCAUACUAAAGGAGGCUUAAAAUACUUUUAUAGAUUAGUUAGAAAAGUUUUGUGAGGUUGUUUUUAUAUAUAUUUGUCAUGUAAUUUGUCAUAAACUGAGAAACUGUGUCUUGUUCAGAGUGAGCUAGCAGAAUGUGCGCAUGGUGUUUGGGAAAGAUUAGCAUGCUAAAUCCAAGCAGUAAGAACAUACCUGCCAUUCCAAACGUGAAGGAAAUGUUAGUACAGGUUUAUCUCAUAAAGACACAGGGAUGCAUUGAAGCUAAUUCUCACUCUAAAGACAGCUAGCAUAGACUAGAUUAGAACUGCUAACAGAGCUGGUUCAUUCUCACUCUAAAGGCCUGUGUGUAGCUAACGGCAAGCUACUCCAAAAGAAAAUGUACAUCAGGAAGCACAGCUCGUGAAGUUUAGAACAAGCUCCCGUUCAAAAAAAAGUCCCAGAAGAUAAUAAAGCUGCAGGCUUGAGACUUUGCUGUGCUAAGCUCCUCCUGAGUGGAAGCAUAGAUGCCUGGUUUAAAGAAAUCUGAAAUAAAUUCAUGAUCCAUGUUUGAUAUAAAGGUCCAGGCUGAAUUGCGGCUCUCCUCGUUCUAGUGGUGUGUGUGUGUGUGUGUGGAUGUGAGAGCUUCAUGGAGAUGUCACUGUGAGACAGGACUGGUGUCUCCGUGAGCAAUAAUAAAUCUCCUCACAAGUGCCUCCGUCCCCUCAGGACAGGGAUCAGGGAUGAGUUGUGAUGAGAACACCAACUCCAUGAUCCUGACAUUAAGAUUUCAGAUGAACACGUGACAUUUCACACACAGAGAUGUUUGUGUUAAUCCUGGAUUCAGAUUAUUUUAGCUGCACACAUGACAUGAACGUAAGUUUGCUGUUUACACCGCCUUCUCAAACGUCGCUGAUGUGCAGGCAGUUGUCCAGGAAGCUGGUAUAGGUGUUACUGCACUACUCUGCCACCUAGUGGAUAAAGUUUUACUCCUCUGAAGGCACAUGAGACCUGCAGACGCACGACUGUGUGAACAAUAGCAGCUCACGCAGCAGCUGUGUGUGUGUGUGUGCUCACAUACACGUCAUGUAGUGCAGCUGAAGCAUGUUUGCAUUCUGCUGGUACAGGAAGUGAAAUUUGAUCAAUUAAACCCCAAGACUCUUUAUUUUACAUUUUACUUUUAACACAAAAAAAAUGUAUAAUAAAUUAAUUACUUUCUCUAUCAGCAAGUGGCAGAACUUUUAAAGUAAAAUCGUCUGCAAAUGUUUUAGUUUUUUUUUUGGUAAUUUGUGUAUUCCUCCAACACUUGUGGGAUUACUGACAGAAUAUCUCACAGUAUAAAGGAGUAUCAGUAAGUUUAUCUGGAGGAACAGUACUGAACUGCUGUAACUGUAUUAGGAGAAAAUGUAAACCAUGCCACACCAGUAGGGGCAGUGUGCAGAGGACUGAGAUUUAUUGCUAAUGGAAUGUCGUCUGGAAAAUACGAAACUCACGUGCCUUAACAACAUUCAAGUGCCUUAACAACAUUCACGUGCCUUAACAACAUUCACGUGCCUUAACAGAAUUCAGCCAAAGAUGCUUUAGUUUCCCUUAAAAACUGAAAAACACUGCUGUUGCUUUCCACUGAUACACACACAUGCACAUACAAUAGAACAUAGAGCUAUUAGCUUAGCUACUAUUUUUAUUUUACUCUUUACUAUUUUUCUACAUCUGUUAGCAUUACUAGCUGCUCUCUUGCUCUGUCUGAGUGGAUUAGUGAAGCUUACUUUGUGCAAUUGUUUAGAAAUUAACUGACUAAAUGUAGUAUUGUUUAAAAUUAUUUGGAAAUGUAUUUAUUAGCAUUAAGAAUUAGCGAGGCACUAAAUUUUGCAAGCAUGUCGACUCAUCGAGUGUCAGAUCAUGUCUGAUUGUCUCCAUGGUGAAUGUCUAGAUGCUAAACUUUAGCCACUUUUGCCAGCUUUCGCUUGUUCCAGUGAAAAAGAAGGUCCAGAGAGAAGCCAGACGUUUAUCGGUGCUGCCUCUCACAACCUCCUCACACGCAACAAUGGUUUCAGAUAAUUAGCUCAGCACAAGGAAAGCAACGGUAUCUCGUAUCUUCUGCAUAUCUCAGCCUGCUGUAAUCACCUCUUAUGCCUUGCGUGAUCACAUCGGUGCAGUCAGUCUGCUCUGUCAGGAUGCAGUCACACACUGAAGUGAUGGAAGCAGCAAGGAUUCACUACCUCACGCUGCACUGAGGACUGGCUGAGGUUCACCUCCUACACUCAGGAGUUCUCAUGCUGCUUCACCACUUCUAAUCCUUUACACCAGCACAUUCACUCCUCACCAACAUUACAGAAGACUGCCCUGCAGACCAGUCCGCUCCGGUCGGAGGUUCAGUCCUUUGUGUUGGGUGUAAUUCCUUUACCAGAUCAGGUUCCACAGUGUGUGUGAUUAAUUUCCUAAAUGGCUGCAGCGUCUGUCCACUGUCUUCUUUCAGUCUCAUUUACUGAACAGACAAUGAAGAGUGACUCUGAACCAUCCUGACUGUCUCCUGUCUGGAAGGCGAGUGGACAGACCUGCACCAUGACCUGCUCUUCCUAUUAGCUGGUGACAUUCUGACCUGCACUUCCUGUUUCCUGCAGAACCUCCCCAUCACUAGCAUUUCAACAGUCCUCAGCAUAUGAAUGUAGAUCCUUCAGAUUAGCUGUAAUCAGCUUUUUACCCUCAUUGUAGUUUAUACUUAUUUUAUAAGGAUUUUCUGUUACUCUCCAUAUAACAAGAUACAUAUUACAGUAAAUUAUAUCCACUGUAUAUGUCCCAUUCUCUCUUUAUCCCUCUUUCUCUCUCUCUCUCUCUAGAAAAAAACUAAUAAAAUGAAUGUUAAAAUCUUUUUAA